AUGAUCCUCGCGCGACCGCGCCUCGCGCUCUUCGCCCUGCCCGUAUCGCCGCCGUCGCGUCGCCGCCGCGUCGCCGUCGCGCCGCUCGCCGCUUCCAAGAAAAAAAAGAAACAGCAACCCUCCGACGUCGGCGACUCGCAAGACCCCGUCCCCGUGGUCGAGCCGUCGCGGACGACGAAGAAGGAGCACUGGGUCGAAGACUCUGAAGAUGACGGCCCUCUGCUGGACGUGGACGCCGGGGCGAAGCCGCGGUCCGUGCGAGGAAAGAACAAGAAGCCCGUGAAGACGACGGCGAGCCCCGCGCAAAAGCGCGCCGUCACUACCCCCUACGGCGGUCGUCGCGCUACCCGGCCCCUACGGUACGGUGCUGUCAAGAUAGAUACGACUCGGCCAACCCAGGUACCAGGUCUAGUAUCUAGAGGUUCCUCAUGGGUGAGUAUAAACUGCGCCUUCGAAGACUUCCCUUUCGACGAUUUCGUCGAUUUCGUCGCGUCGGUGAACGACGCGGUAUCGGAGACCAUGGCAUCGAAAGUGGACGCGAGUGCGGAGCGGAAGGACGACGAUCUGAACGAGGACGACUUUCUGUGA